AUGAAUGGAGAUACAUUCUUCGAUUGGUUUCGUAAUAUUUUGCUCAUGCUAAGAGAUGGAGCUGUCAUAGUGAUGGACAAUGCCCCGUAUCAUAGCAUUAAAAUGGAAAAAUACUCAAAUAUAACGUGGAGAAAAAAUUACAUGAUUACGUGGCUUGUCAGUAAGGGGGAAAAAGUGGAACCAUAUAUCGUGAAGGUGCAGUUAUUAGAUUUAGUUAAAAAGCAUAAGAAACAACAGAAUUAUGUUAUUGAUGAAUACGCCAAGCAAGAUGUCCACGAAAUGUUGCGACUUCCCCCGUACCACUGUGAAUUAAACCCCAUCGAAUUAGCAUGGUCAUAUAUUAAAGAAUACGCAAGAGCACGUAAUGUGACAUAUAAGUUGCCAGACGUGUGGCAACUUAUAUAUGAAGCCAUCGAGAAUGUAUCUCCAGUGAUGUGGCAGAAUUUUGCUAGAGGAUGGGGCUGA